AUGCCUCAACCUAAAACUGAGAGACUUCUUAUCGCAUUUCUACACAGGUGUGCUGUAAUUCAAAUCUUGUCUCCCAGCCAUGUUCGAAUGUGGCAUUGAGCUGUUGUAGUCUGACUCCAUUUCAACCAUGAAAUCAGUUGUGCUGCGCUCGACAGGUCGCCUACAGACCAACGGGUAUCAGGUCCCGCGCUGCUGUAACAACUGGCCUGUUACAUUCAUAUGACCCAUCGAAACAGGUAACUCUAAAGCGUAGGGUCUAUAGGUUAAGUCUUAGACACCAUAGUCGAUUGGACUUUGCUCUCUCGAUAAGAGGGGUCUCUUAGAAGAGCCCAUUUAGUUCAUUUUUGGCAUUUGCUGUUUUGCUCAGGCAGUGGGCUGAGACCCAAGGUGUAGAGAGAAGUGGAGUGUCAAAAGCAGUUGGCUUGAGAUAG